CAAUUCUGGUCUUUCAUCCUUCCGUAUGCCUCUCGCAACAUUUGGUUCCGGCUGCUUCACCACAAGAUCUCAUGUCAAUCCGUGCUGCAUAACCGUAUUCCCACCUCAUUUCCCUCCCCUAAUUGUUCGCUGUGUGGAACGGAAAUUGACUCUCAAGACCAUUUUCUCUACGCAUGCCCACUCAAGCUUCCUCUCUGGCACACACUCUGGCUCGCGCAUUUCGGCUUUUCCCCCCAAUCCUCUGACAUUCACAAUGCGCUAUACAAGUUUUCCUUCCCUCCCACCCUUGAUCCCACUUCACAUCCUGCCUCAAUCCUUGGCUCUGUUCUUUUAGCCUUGUGGAGACAUCACUGGGCUUUCAUAUUCGAUCAAUCACCUUUCGUUGCCGCUAAUGCCACUACCACUGCCAAUUCCCUGCUUUCCCGUUUACAAUCCGAAGAAAACCUUGAUCAACGCCCUUUUUCUGUCUAAGUUCAUCGCGUUUCUUCGUUUCCACUUUUUUUUUUUUUUUUUUUUACAUUACAUUUACAACUUAAAACACAAAAUCCCCAAAAACAUUUAAAUAAUAGAAAAACCAAAAACAAGUUGUGGCGCCUCUUAAGCCUUUUGGACAAGAGUCCCACCAAUAAACCAGAGCUCCGCUCCAUAC